CCCUCUCAGCCUGGGAAGCGGAGGCUGGGAGGAACCAAGUCACCCCCGUCCGCUGGAGCUCAGACCAGGGCCGCACGGGGCACUUAACCUCUCUCCCUCUGAGAAACGGCUUGGGGAGGCCAAGUCCCCUUUUCGGAGAGGGCGGGCCCGGGACGCACUAGUGAGGCCCCAGAGCUGAGAGUGCUGGACAUUGGCCCGCUUGUCUCCGUGGGUCUAGUGGGGCCCUGCUUCUGGAGCAGGCCGAUGUGGGUCGUGACCCUAUCACUGACCAGCUGGGUGGCCCCCUGCAAGCCUCACCCUCUCUCAAAAAUGAAACGCAGUCUUAUUUCAAACAUGAAACGGGGGCCUCUCUGUCCCAGGGUUGGGUGACGACUGGAACCAGGCCAAGUGGGGGCAGGGGAGCUUCCGGAGGAACCCCCAGGGGUGACAUGGCUUUCAUUGCCUGAAAAGACAAAGUGGCCCUGUCUGGAAGAUUCCAACUGGCUAGACGGGGGCUUUCACUCCGGCUUUGUAGGGUGGCGGAGACUCACUUCUUGACAAGUGAAGGCAGGAUGGUAAAGGCCACUGAGGAAUGGUCAUUUGGAAGCCUAGGACAUCAGUCCACCCUCGAAGUUCUGGGUUGAGUUUGUGUCUGUGGACGGCGGCCCAGCGGUAUUUAAGAAGUCUUUGCUCUGGGCCUGGAGGACACCCUCUGGGUGGCCUGAGAAGCCUGCCUUGGAGGUUUCAGGGAAAAGCAAGGGGAUCUACUGGACACUGGCCUCCUGGGCCUGCCUGCACCUUUGGAGCUUCACAGCCCUCUAAGCUCCUCAUCAUGCAAGGAGCAAAGUCAUUUCCGCUGAGAUCCCAUGGUGGCCACCAGCCAGAGCCAGCUUCACACUUCUGGGCGCCAAGACCUCCUGCCCCCUGAGGUCUGCAGUCUCCUAAACCCAGCAGCCAUUUAUGCCAACAACGAGAUCAGCCUACGUGAUGUUGAGGUCUAUGGCUUUGACUAUGACUACACCCUGGCCCAGUAUGCAGACGCAUUGCACCCCGAGAUCUUCAGCGCCGCCCGCGACAUCCUGAUUGAGCACUACAAGUACCCAGAGGGGAUUCGGAAAUAUGACUACAACCCCAGCUUUGCCAUCCGUGGCCUCCACUAUGACAUUCCAAAGAGCCUCCUGAUGAAGAUUGACGCCUAUCACUACGUGCAGCUGGGGACAGCCUACAGGGGCCUCCAGCCUGUGCCAGAUGAGGAGGUGAUCGAGCUAUAUGGGGGCACCCAGCACAUACCACUGUACCAGACGAGCGGCUUCUAUGGCAAGGGUCCCUCCAUUAAGCAGUUCAUGGACAUCUUCUCGCUGCCAGAGAUGGCUCUGCUGUCCUGUGUGGUGGACUACUUCCUGGGCCACAGCCUGGAGUUUGACCAAGCGCACCUAUACAAGGAUGUGACGGACGCCAUCCGAGACGUGCAUGUGAAGGGCCUCAUGUACCAGUGGAUUGAGCAAGACAUGGAAAAGUACAUCCUGAGAGGGGAUGAGACGUUUGCUGUCCUGAGCCGCCUGGUAGCCCAUGGGAAACAGCUGUUCCUCAUCACCAACAGUCCUUUCAGCUUUGUAGACAAGGGGAUGCGGCACAUGGUGGGUCCCGAUUGGCGCCAGCUCUUUGAUGUGGUCAUCGUCCAGGCGGACAAGCCCAGCUUCUUCACUGACCGGCGCAAGCCUUUCAGAAAACUCGACGAGAAGGGCUCACUUCAGUGGGACCGGAUCACCCGCCUGGAAAAGGGCAAGAUCUAUCGGCAGGGAAACCUGUUUGACUUCCUACGCUUGACGGAAUGGCGUGGCCCCCGCGUGCUCUACUUCGGGGACCACCUCUAUAGUGACCUGGCGGAUCUCAUGCUGCGGCAUGGCUGGCGCACCGGUGCCAUCAUCCCCGAGCUGGAGCGCGAGAUCCGCAUCAUCAACACAGAGCAGUACAUGCACUCGCUGACGUGGCAGCAGGCGCUCACAGGGCUGCUGGAGCGCAUGCAGACCUAUCAGGACGCGGAAUCAAGGCAGGUGCUGGCUGCCUGGAUGAAAGAGCGUCAGGAGCUGAGGUGCAUCACCAAGGCCCUGUUCAACGCACAGUUCGGCAGCAUCUUCCGCACCUUCCACAACCCCACCUACUUCUCGAGGCGCCUUGUGCGCUUCUCUGACCUCUACAUGGCCUCCCUCAGCUGCCUGCUCAACUACCGUGUGGACUUCACCUUCUACCCACGCCGCACACCCCUGCAGCAUGAGGCCCCACUCUGGAUGGACCAGCUCUGCACCGGCUGCAUGAAGACUCCCUUCCUCAGCGACAUGGCUCACAUCCGCUGAGGGCACCUUUAUUGUCCCGGACAGGCUCCCUGCCCCUCCUGCCCCAUCUACCCAAGGCAUCCACCCAGACAAGCAAUAAAAAUGGUCUCCCUG